UCAACAUUCAAAGAGUUGAGCAAAACCCUUCUUUUCAAAUUCUCCCCAAUCCACCGUCUAGGGUUUUUCAACACCUGACAGCCGGAGGCCUGAAGCUACACCGGCGACUGUUUAUCCGUUUCAUAUUCUUCAUUCACGAAGAUUGGAAAGGGGAGAAAAUGAGCUCAAGUAUUCACAGAACACCCAAAUCAACUGGUAGGCAAUCUUUAUUCUUCAAUGAUUUAGCCACCCCUGUAACUAACCGCCGAAGUGGAUCCGGUAAGUUCACAACCCCCGGCCAAGCCGCCGCUGUUUCCGCCCUUUGGCGUGAAAAUUUCGCAACUUCAGAUCUGCCACCGCCACCUAUGUUCACGUUGGAAGACCGGUCCGAUUUGUCACCCGAAUCCGGGAUUCAGGAUUACCCUAUUGGUUCUCCUGAACCUCAUUCGAACCCUAGAACUCCCGCGCAAACUCCGUCCAAGUUAUUUUCGACUACUCCGAAUAAGUCAUCGCAACCUAAUUCAAACCCUAGCACAUCCUCUUAUGCGUUGUUUGGAAAUCAGCAAUCGCAGGGUGUACAGAGUCCCGCGGGAAGUUCGAGUUGGUGGUCUGCAGGGCCGCGGAGUGAGGGUGGGGGUGAUGAUAAAGGAAAGGGCUCGGGUUCGGGUUCUCCGGUGGAUGGUAUUGUUCAUCGUCAGCCAGUGGCUUUGAUUACCUUACCUCCACCUAGGGAGGUUGCAAGACCGGAGAUUCAGAGGAAUUCUUUGCCUGUUGGUACGAUUGAUGAGGAAGAAUGGGUCACUAUUUAUGGGUUUUCCCCAGCAGACACAAAUUUAGUUUUGCGGGAGUUUGAAAAAUGCGGAGUAAUUCUCAAGCAUGUCCCAGGUCCAAGAGAUUCUAAUUGGAUGCACAUUCUUUAUCAGAGUCGAUAUGAUGCUCAGAAGGCUCUCAGUAAGAACGGAAUGCAACUAAAUGGAGCUCUAAUCAUCGGAGUGAAACCAGUUGAUCCAAUGCAACGACAGAAUCUUAGUGAUAGACUGCACACUCAAGGAUUCAUGCCUCUACCACCACCUAAAUCUGAAUCAAUUGCGUUCAGAGCAUCUGCUCGACCAAAUUAUCAUCAAAACGGUACCGCUAAUACGUCGCAAUCCACUGGAACCAUGGCCUCGCCUGCAAAAUCAGUCGUCUCCAAAAUCGUGGAUUUAAUGUUCGGUAUGUAGUUCAUCACUUUAUCAUUUCAAACAAUUGAAGUUUACCGUAUGUUUUCAAGAAGCGGUUGGUAAUUAAAAUUCUAUUGCUGGAAUUUCGUUUUCUGUACUGAAUUGUGUUAUUGGUUUAUAUCGGCUGUGGAUGGUAAAUUUUGAAAUAUUACAGUGAGAAAUUCACGGGUUUUUGAUUUAGGAUUGGAGGUAUUCAUAUUGUUGUGAUGUUAGAUUUUGUGUAUAUUUGGUAUUAGAUCUUAAAUGAUGAAUUUGUUAUCGGAGGAA